UCACAAUUGCGUAUGUGGCGCGACAUAACUAUGCCAAUCUUUGUCCAGGGUCCAUACAAGUCCCAGGUCCAGUCAUGGCGAAGAUGUGUCACGCCCAAGCCGCCUUACAUCACGGAUUCACCGCCGAAGGUCGAAGUGGAAGUCUACAACACCAGCAGCAAAAUGAACCUAGUCAAAGUGAAGGUUACUUUAGAACAGAUUUACAAACAUCUGAUGGCAAGAAUCAAGUUUUACAAUUGGGACAAUAGAAAAUGGAAGUUUAAUUAUAUGAUCCACAGUGACGACUGUACCGGGUCGCUCAGCAUCUUCUUCAAGCUGCUGGCACUUAAAUAUGAUAAAGAAGAUUGUUCAAUCCCUAUUGGCCAGUAUAUCAUAAAUGACAUUGAUGCAAACACGUUGGACCAUGCUCUGACCAACUCAUUGACCUACGGGAGGAUACUUAAUAGAGUUGAGGUUUUCGUCAAAGCUGGCACGAUUUUCUGCUAUGAAUUCGAAACGUCUGUUGUGCCUGCUUAACUUUAUUCACCAAUAGCUGCAGCUCCGGUAGCCGAUGUUUGACGUGUCGUUAAGUAUAUAUUCUUAAUUUCAUCAAAAUCGGUCCCGCGGUUUAGCCAUGAAAGCAGGUACAGAUUUGAUAAUUAUAAAUUUAAGUUAUAUUUUACUCGUCUUUUGGGAUACACAAAACAAAUAGGAAUAACUUAGUCGCCAAGCUACGGUUACAAGAGUUCAAACUUUUCUUUUUUUUUUUCAUAUUUAAAUCGCAAAAGCAAAAAUAGGAUUUUUAAAUUUCUCCGUGGAAAUUAAUCGAAACGUCGACAACACCGGCACCUGGCCUGCGAUUGAUUAAAAUGUUAAUGAAUUCGCUGAGUGAUGGGAUACAAACGAAACAGACGAAACCUGUUAUAUUGCUGACGGCUAUUACGUA